AUGCCUUCAACAUCUACCAUCAACAUACUCAUUGAGAUCAAUGGUGUUGCCUCUAUGUGGGAUACCUAUUGUCUUGGCCUAAAUAUAGUCACUCCUGGCUCCAAGCAAGUGAUUUUCCAGUUCAAAGAUAUUGGAAAGGCCAUUCAAGAGGGCUCAUCUGACUCCAGCCAUAUCACUAAUAAGAUAUUGAGCACACUUGAGACUUUGUAA